ACGCGGAGCGGUGCUCGCGGAAUAGGCACGUGCGCUACUGAAUGGAGUUGGUGGCUGGUUGCUACGAGCAGGUCCUUUUUGGGUUCGCUGUACACCCGGAGCCCAAGGCGAGCGGCGACCACGAGCAGAAAUGGACUGCUGUGGCUGACUUCACUCACCAUGCCCACACUGCCUCUUUGUCCGCGGUGGCUGUAAAUAGUCGUUUUGUAGUCACUGGGAGCAAAGAUGAAACGAUUCAGAUUUAUGACAUGAAAAAGAAGGUAGACCAUGGGGCUCUAGUACAUCACAAUGGCACAGUAACUUGCCUGAAAUUCUACGGCAACAGGCACUUAAUCAGUGGGGCAGAGGACGGACUCAUUUGUGUCUGGGAUGCAAGGAAAUGGGAGUGCCUGAAGUCAAUUAAAGCUCACAAAGGACAUGUGACCUUCCUGUCUAUUCACCCAUCUGGCAAGUUGGCCCUGUCUGUGGGUACAGAUAAGACAUUAAGGACAUGGAAUCUUGUGGAAGGAAGAUCGGCAUUCAUAAAAAAUAUAAAACAAAAUGCUCACAUAGUGGAGUGGUCCCCAAGAGGAGAGAAAUAUGUAGUUGUCAUAGUGAAUAAAAUAGAUGUCUAUCAACUUGACACUGCUUCUGUUAGUGGCACCAUCACAAACCAGAAGAGAGUAUCUUCUGUUACAUUUCUUUCAGAGACUGUCCUUGCAGUGGCUGGAGAUGAAGAAGUUGUAAAGUUCUUUGACUGUGAUUCGCUGAUGUGCCUCUGUGAAUUUAAAGCUCAUGAAAACAGGGUAAAAGACAUCUUCAGUUUUGAAAUUGCAGAGCAUCAUGUUGUUGUCACAGCAUCGAGUGAUGGUUUCAUCAAAAUGUGGAAGCUUAAACAGGAUAAGAAAGCUCCCCCAUCUUUACUCUGUGCAGUGAACACUAACGCCAGGCUGACAUGUCUUGGAGUGUGGCUAGACAGAGAGACAGACACGAAAGAAAGCCUUCCUCCAGCUGCAGAGCCUUCUCCCGUAAGUAAAGAAGAACAGUCCAAAAUGAACAAAAAGGAAUCUGGUGAUGUAGUGCAGGAAGAAGAAAGGCAGUCAAAACCCAACACGAAGAAAUGUGCUGUAAGGGGUGACGGUAAUAAGCCAACGAGAGGAAAUAGCCUGGUGUCGACCAAGAAGAGGAAAGUGGUAGAAAUGUUGGAAAAAAAGAAGAGAAAGAAGAAAAUAUGAAUGAUGUGAAUCUCAGGUUUCUCCUAAGAGAAAAACUUUUUAGAUAGAUUGAUUCUUUUCAAAUGUGCCUAAAUUUUUUUCAUCUUUCUCUGUAAAAGCUAGGGAACUACUUCUUUUGAAGAAAAUGUACAAUUUAAAAAAAAUCACUUUUAGGUGUGUGUUGUUUUUGUGUUUUUUUAAACAGUGGUAAAACUAUCUUUGGUAAGCAACAUUUUAUUAAAUAUGGUGAUAUAUAGUAUGUUAAUGUGUAAUAUAUAGUUUUUACUGUUGUGUAAAGCAAAUAAAGGUCUUUUUAAAAAUA